AUGGGCAACAUAUGGUCUCUAAUCUCCCAAAUGUUCCCCCCAAAGCCCAAAUGGUCUGUGGAUGAUAUUCCAGAUUUGACGGGAAAAGUUGUUAUUGUCACAGGCGGUAACACCGGAUGUGGGAGAGAAACGGUAAAAGCACUACUUUUGCACGGUGCAAAGGUCUAUCUGGCCGCUCGAAGUGAGGAAAAGGGCAAGGAAGCCAUCGUAAAACUGAAGGAAGACACCGGAGCUGAAGCUAUAUUCCUCUCCCUGGAUCUUGCAGAUCUGGUCAGUGUCCGUCGUGCGGCAGAUGAGUUUUUUUCAAAAGAGACAAAACUUGAUAUAUUAUUCAACAAUGCUGGCGUUAUGUUGCCUCCAAUGGACAUGCUCACCAGACAGGGCUAUGACCUCCAGUUCGGCACCAAUGUCAUCGGCCAUUUCCAUUUCACUCAACUGCUUUUGCCUGCACUUGUCGCAGCCGCCACACCCUCCGAGAAAGCACGAGUGAUCACGACAUCUUCAUCGGCCAAUUAUAUGGGUACGCUAGACUUCAAUAUCUGGGUCGAUGGUCCCGCACGCAACGAGAAGACUUCCGGCAAUCUAUACGUCCAAAGCAAGCAUGGCAACGUCGUCUUUGCUGUUGAAUUGGCCAGACGGUAUGGGGAACAGAAUAUCAUUUCCCACUCUCUCAAUCCAGGCAGCAUCCGGACGGAUCUACAACGCCAUCGCUCCCCAUUCACAAACAAAAUGCUAGACGUUUUCCUCUUCCCAGCUCAUAUGGGAGCUCUGACUCAAUUAUGGGCUGGAACUUCGCCCGAAGCGGGAAAAUUAAACGGUGAAUUCAUGAUUCCCUGGGCCAGACUAGGCGAAGCUCGUAAAGAGACGGCAGACCCAGCGGUGGGAAAGAAGCUCUGGGAAUGGCUGGAAACUCGGUGCAAGGACUACUGA